GCCGCUUUUCAGCGGACAGUACGGCCAGAUUUGAUCGAGCUGUUUGUUUAACAAAGUCUGAUUGUGAGUCACUGUUGCGUAGCAAAGUCUGAGUGGAAUUUACUGGUAGUCUGAGUGGAAAUUACUGGACUGGAAUGUGUAUAUGCAUGCGUGUAAGUGUAACUGUGUGUUUAUGUCCGUGAUGUCUUGAACUCGAGAUGCCGUAGGUGCGUUAGGCCCAAGGAACUGCGCGGAUCACUUCCCCCCGCGGCCUAUCUUUGACAUCAGAUUUUAGUAUUCAGCAAUCUAAAAAAGCUUGAAUAAUAUAAUUUAAAAAUAUUUCAUAGAUCCUUACCCAGGUAGCACAUACACGUUUCAAAAAUGUUUUAUAAGCGUUUUUCCAAAACGUUUUAUAACCGAUUUCUAGAAACAUUUCUCAUGAGUAAAAAUGUCCAUUCGAAAAACGUUCGCUGGAACGUUUCUUUUCCAAUAAAAUAACGUUUAUAUCACACGUGCAUCGAAAGUGGCCCAUUCCGUGCGCGCCAUCUGUGUGCGAAGUAGCCAAUUCCAUGCAUGAGAAAUUUCUCACUAUAUUCCCGCACUAGUGCGGGAAUAUAGUGAGAAAUUUCAUUCCCGCACGACUCAUUGCCAACACUCUCCUUAUUUUCCCCACUCAUUCUGUGUCUUUCCCACUAGAGUCCUCUUAUUUCUGACUAGUGUCCCUGAUUUCUGACAUGUUCUUAACGACAUCUCGCGGCGCACUACGCGAAACACUACGCGUGUUUCCGUGCGCUGCAAGAUGUCUACGCGAAUUACCACAGCGAUACUCAGACAUAACCUCAGAAACGCCAGAAACCGAGACCGACUCAAUGUAAAAUUUCUCGUGUACCCGAAAUCGUCGAGGAGUCGCGUAGCGGAUGUGUAUGUGUGUGCACGUGUGUCGCGCGGAUUCGCACGCCAGGACGAUCGAUAAACCGUCCGUCGUCGAGAUCGCGUUUUCCGGGAACGAAACGCGAAUCGUCGGGAAGCCCGGCACGUGCCGGCACCUUUCCCUCGAGCUACGAGCCGGCGAAAACCUAAUCUGCAAAGGCAACUGUGAAACGGAGACGCUUCGAGCCUACGAGCAUUUUGAUUCAAUUCUUAUUGGUUAAGACAUUGGACUACUGUGCAUACUACUUCUUACUCCAGCUGCGAUAACCGACGAGAUGGCGUUGUUGCACAGUGAGUUUUUGUUCCAACAAUCCAACUACCAUAAAUUUGUCAACUCAAGGUGAACUCGCCACGUGUGAUCGGUGUGAUCUCUUUUGUUAGGCACAUGUAACGGAUAUUAUUUAAAUAAAUGUGCAAUAUAAUCUGAAAGAACAGAUUGAAGGCAUUCCAAACCAUCCGGCGAGAUUCAGCAAAAAGAAAAGUAACGGACGUCAUGACACACGGCAAGAAGCAAUAAUUGAACCGAAAAUAGAUAGCACAGAGAGAGAGAGACCUUUUCGCAAAUGAAAGGAUACCACGUACAUGCAUCUUGUACUGUGUAUUAAGAAUUGAAACGGUUCAACAGUUUAAAUCGAUCGUGAAGGAAACCCAAAAAUAAGAUGGAUCUACACAAUCGUUAUUCACAUUUCUCUACAGUGAACAUCUCACUUUUACAAACUAUAGACAGCAAGUACAAGCUUGACGUACAUCAUUUGAUACAGUGUUACAAUCAAGAGAUAACUACAGAAGAGUUAAAUAUGGAUAAACUCGAGCUCUGCCGACUGUUGUUGUGUUAUGAAUAUCAAUCUGCAUUUCACGAUGUCCAGAGUGGCGAACGUAAGAAGUAUGUGAUACCUGCUGACGCGGAGAAACUUUCCUUUCCUAAUAUAAAAAUGAUCUUUCCACCAAAUUACUCGCGAAACGCCUCACAAAUUUCGCUCUUGUGCGACAUAAUCAUUUUGCAAAUGAUACUUUAUCAUAAUGCUAGCUCGAUCAAACAGCAUCUGCAGUAUUUCUUCUGCUUAAGCAAAGCUUACAUCGCAACCAGCGAGUCUAGAAUUAUGUAUAUGAAGAUAUUAGAAUACCUUUUAGAAUUUUUACGCUUAUAUGAACUUCACGCCACUAGCGAAGAGAUCAAAGCAUUGAAAAACCUUAGUUGCAUGUAUUUAGACAUUAUAAAGUCGUGGGUAAAGGUAAAGAAAGACAAUGAAUGGAGAUUGUUUGCUUUAAUGUUUCCUAAGUUAGUAGAGAUUUUUACUCCGACAUAUAUCGUUUAUCCUCUAUGGGACCAUUUUUUGCACGAAGCGAGUGAUUUAAAAGAGUCUCUCACUGUCUUGAGUAUCAUGGCAGACACUUGUCUCACAUCGUCACAUUCAAUGAAUAUAUUACACCGUGAUAUUUAUUGUAAGAGCACGUUCUGGUUGUUCGUAUUAAAGGGAUUGCGAUCACCCGUGCAACAAUAUCACAAACAGGCCUUAUACAUAAUGAAGAAAGCAAUUGAUUCUCUGAAUGAAGAGGUUGUAUUAAAAUUGGCACGACCGAAUUUGACAAAGGCACAAAUCACACCGUUUAUUUGUUAUCGAUCUGGUACGUUUUCAUCGAUGGAUCACAUUAAGAAGAGAUUUUUCCUGGUGUAUGAAGCGGUAGAAGAGAAGCAAGAACACUUAGUAACACCAGCUUUAACUCAUAUAGCUGAUCUAAUAAAAGUAAACGAAGAACACAGAGCCUGCGAUUGCUUUAACAUUGAAUGGCUGCAGUGCAUUUUCGAGAAAGUUUUACUGCAUGAAAAUAAUCGUAUUGCAAAGUGGGGUGUAUCGCACGUUUGUAAACUGGAUGAUACCAUAUUUAACGAUCAGUUUCUCGAAUUGUUUGUAAAUGUUCUGAAUAAUAACUUUCUUUACGAAUGUCAGCCUGAUGAGGAAUGUCCGGACAUCGUGAAGGAACUCUCGCACUUCCUCAAAUGCGCAGAGAAAAGUGAUUUGCUAAACAGAUUUCUCAAGAAGGUCAGCUGUGUAGCCUGGGGUCCUGUGGCAAUAUUUUAUAUCAUACAUGCGUUACGAACAAUUUCACAAAAAGAGAUACAACAUUCCAAUUGGCAGACUACCGAAUUGAAUGCCAUUAAAUCUUUAGUGGAAACAAAUUUGAGCAUGCACUCUCAUAUUCUACGUACCGCGUCUCAAAUUGAACUCUUGAGAGCAAUCCCCAAUUAUGUACGACAGAUGAGCGAUCUACCGUUGCUCGCCAAUGUUUUAGCUACGUUUCCCCCUGGAGAAGGUCUCACGAGAGGAACAAUUGUUUGGAACAUUAUUACAGCAUGGUUACAGAAAUUAUUAGCGAAAAAAGACGUGGAAACUUUCGUGAAAGAGACAUGCGAAAAAUAUUCGCAAGUCUCCUUCCUUAUUGAAAAUGCUAGUCUUGAGAGUCGUAGGAUAUUUGCAUUAAUAGUAUAUUUGUUAUAUGAUGCAAAUCUUAUAUUCUCGUGCAAGUUAUGCCCUGCCGCAGCAUCAUUAAGCAAUUGGCUGUGUACCUUGAAUGGUAUCGUUCUACGACCUUAUGCUGAUAUAAUCUCAAGUAUAUAUAUAGUAGAAUUUAUGUCACAUUUACUGCAUCUUUCCGUGAAGGGACCCCUCGAUAAGAUGACGGACUUUAUAACGUUAUAUAUACGUACCACUUUUAAUUUUUUAAUUAAAUACAUGAGGAAGAUGUCCACAGAGCUGACUUACGAAGAUUAUACGAGAUAUACAGCCAUUUUAUCCUCACAUAUCGUCAACGCACCUCUCUUCAUACCGAAAAAGGAUGCAAACGUUUACAUAGAAACAUUGCGAAAUGAAAGUAUGAACUUGAUAAACAACUUGCAAAGUUUAAAUCUACAAUAUUUGUACGGAUUAUACGUUUUGUAUGUCUCUCAGAACGCGUUAGCUUUGCCAUGUCCAAAAACCUUUUACACGAAGCAUUUGUUGACUAUGCGGGAGUUAACGAACAUUUCUAAGGAUAUCAAUGCAAAUUUAAAAGGAAAAAUUACAUCGGAAUAUUAUUUGCUUUUCUUAAAACUUCAUCAUCAAUAUCUCGUGAAUUCUCCAGUGUCCUCGUGGAUUCCUGUUACCACAAUGCUAUCUAACUUGCUACAAUUUCUCGAGAUAGGCCUACUAGAAAACAUUUCUGAAAUUGCAAAGAUACUAACAGUAAUAGUUGAUAAUAAAGUUAUAAGCGAAAUAAUCGAUAGGAAAACUCUGGAAUGUGCUUUUGAUUUGGGCUUUACGUGUAUUAUAAACAGUAAAAAGAACAAUAUCUUUUGGACAGCAGUGGAAGACCUCAUGGGAAUUAUUAUUAAUAAUAACUUUUUCCUUUUGCCUAAUGCCGUGCUUAAUGCCGCGGAAUUCGUGAAUCAAUAUAUUGCUGAAUUGCUAAAUUGCAAAGGGGAGAAUACAAGAUUCAAAAGAAUAAUACUUUCUAAAAUAAAAAAUUUGGACAUACACAAUUUGAUAAAAUUAGAAAAUCCGUUAGAGAACUGUUUAUUUCAUGGUUCUCCAUAUCUGCGUAACAAGAAAAUCGAAAAUCAUGCUCAUUUAUUUAUUGUCAAGCACUUGGGUCAAUAUUAUCCAAAACACAUCUUCACGUUGGAUUAUAAUAAUGAUGCCGCGAUCAGAGCAGAGGCGGUUAUACUGUUGCAAAGAAUAAUUAAUUCAGAAUUAAAUUAUGCACCAACACUUGUACAGUUAAUACUCGAUGCAUUGGAAAAGAAUAAAACCAAGAGAUAUUUUAACGAUUCGUCCUUACAUAAAUUAAAACACAGAACAAUGCAAAUUUUAUUGAUAUUAGAACCAAUGUUGGAUGAGGAAUUUGUCUCUUUACUACAGGAAAAAUUAUGUAAUUUUAUUUUUUCGGAAAGCAAUCAGUCUAGCGUGAGAAUAAUGCAAGAGUGGUUGUUGAUACGAAUCUUUGCGAAAAAUAUUCAUUUGCAUGAUACGUUGUGGUCACUGUUUGCAAAGAGUUUGAAGCACCGACCAAGGUGUACGAUCUCUGUUGCAAGUAUUGUCUAUCAUGUCGCGAAACUUCUUUCAAGUACUUAUCAGAAAGUUUUUAUUCGUACAGCCCUGCCAUAUAUAGUACAAUGUUGCUUAGGACAACAAUUUAACGUGCGUGUUUAUAAUCAGUUUAUUUUGACACAAUUGUACGAAUUAAUAAAAGCAACGUAUGGUGAUCAUAAUUUACCCGACUAUAAAGGUAUAUAUCAAGCUGCUGUGAUUGGUUUACAACAGGAAAGUUUGACAAAAAAUUCAUUUAGAAUACAGGAUGAUUUUUAUUUUUCCAAGUUUCAUCCAAUCAACGAUUACAGCUUACAGACAAUUUACUAUGAAUUACCACGUUUGACUAACGUAAGUUGUGACGAAUGGAUUAGUCCGGAUGUGUUUAAAGACUUGAUGUUUGAGCAAAGUGAUGCUCAUCCUCUACAGCUUUAUAAUGCGAAUUCAUUUCUGACCGAGACCGAAUCUUCCGUAUAUCUGACAAAAUCUUUCGCAGGUGAUGCACACGCCGAAUUAUUAGAAAAUAAUGGUGAAACCUAUAUGGAUUUAAAUAAUAUCCAGAAAAAGAUUGAGCCGUCAAAGCCUACAGAUUUACGUGGUGAUAUUUUCGAAAUGACGAGCGAAUUCAUAUCUCUGCAAGAUGCACAGCUGCAAGAAGGUCUAAUAGUUGUAGCAUCUUUUGUUGAUCGACCACCGAAUUUAGGUGGAAUUGCCAGGACAUGCGAGAUAUUUGGAGUUAAGACACUAGUCAUCGCAAAUGCAGAUUGCGUAAAGGACAGAGAGUUUCAGUUUCUCAGUGUAUCUGCUGAUAAAUGGUUAAAUAUGUUACAGGUGAAGCCGCACGAGUUGCAGAAAUUCUUGUUGGAUAGAAAGAAUGCAGGAUGGUCUUUAAUUGGGGUUGAACAGACGGUCAAUAGUAUAAAUCUGAUGACGACACAAUUCGAGAAAAAAACAAUUCUUAUUUUAGGAAAUGAGAAGGAUGGUAUACCAGCAAAUUUCAUUCCUCUCUUUGACAAAUGCAUAGAAAUUCCUCAAGUGGGUGUAACACGAUCGUUGAAUGUCCACGUUACCGCUGCAAUUUGCAUAUGGCAAUACGCAAGUCAACACGUGUUAAAAUAAUAAAAUUUUCCACGUUUUUAAGAUAAGAUGGCGAUAUUAAAUAAAUGUAUUUCUGCCGAGAUAAACGAUUCGCUAUAUUGUAACACUUCUUGAAAAGAAAAAUAUACGAUCUAUAUUUUUAUAUA